AUGACUUCGACGGUCGAUAGAUCCCUAGGCGGACGCGUAGCGAUUGUGGGAACGGGUAGUCGAGCAGCAAUGUUCAUCCGAGGAAUCGUCGAGCGGCCCACUAGCAGCGUGGUGGCAAUUCUGGAACCCAACUCCGUUCGCGCCAAGUAUUACAACAACCUUCUCGAUUCACUGGGAGCGCCAAGGGUACCGACGUAUCAACCAGAACAGUUUAAGGAGAUGUUGGAGAAGGAGAGGGUGGAGACAAUCGUGGUAACGUGCGUAGACGCGCUGCACCAUUUGUAUAUCAUUCCUGCUCUGGAAGCUGGCGUCCGCGUUCUGACGGAGAAGCCGAUGACCACCGAUGUCAACAAGUGUAGAGCCAUUCUGGAAGCUGUGGAGCGUACAGGGCGUCAUUUGACCGUUACUUUCAAUUACCGAUAUAACCCAGUGCAUGAAUUGGUGAAACGAACGAUCGCAGAGGGCAAGAUCGGACAAGUUCUUUCCGUCCAUUUCGAGUGGCUCCUGGACACCGUUCACGGCGCAGAUUACUUCCGUCGCUGGCAUCGUCUGAAGUCAUCUUCUGGAGGUCUCAUGGUCCACAAAUCAGGGCACCAUUUCGAUCUCGUGAAUUGGUGGUUAGAUUCGUCACCCGUGACUGUCGCUGGUAUGGGAAGAUUGGCUUUCUACGGCGAGGAAAAUGGAAGGAAGCAUGGAUGGGUGAAGGAAAGUUAUGAAAGAGCGAGAGGAAGCGAAGUUGCCAAGAGCGAUCCAUUCUCGUUGAGAAUGGAGGACGACGAAACGUUGGUACAGUUAUACGCGAAUGCUGAGGGGGAAGAUGGAUAUCAUCGAGACCAAAGCGUUUUCGCAGCCUCCAAUUCCAAAAAUGCGAUCACCAUAGAGGAUGAUAUGUCCCUUCUCGUCCGCUAUCGUUCAGGUGCCACCAUGACUUAUCACCUGACAGCGUAUUCCCCAUGGGAGGGUUAUCGUGUAAUGUUCAACGGCUCUAAAGGACGGCUUGAGCUCCAUGUCUGUGAAUCCGAAUAUCGACUUCCCUCGACCGUUGAGAACAAGGGAGAUGGGAUCGGCGGUUUAAUCCAUGGUAAAGGUUCGCUGCCGAAUAUAGGCGAAACCAAGGUGACCAUACACCCUCUAUGGGAAAAACCCAGAGAGCUGGAGGUUCAGGUCGAUCACGGCGCACACGGAGGAGGAGACCGAAGGAUGCUGAGUGUGUUAUUUGGGGCGAAAGUCGGCGAGGUGGUAAAUAGCGGAGAUGCUUCUAAACAAGGGGCGGACGAGAGAGAUGGAGCGAGAGCGUUGGCAAUAGGACUGGCCGCGAAUGAGAGCUUCCAGACGGGUAAAUUCGUAGAGAUUUCUGCGUUGGGACUGGGUGAAUUGUGA